AUGGUUGCAGUCAGGGCAUCGUAUACGGGUCUGAAAGAAGUGAUCACCCACCAUAAGUAUAAGGUUGAAGCGGCUUGCAUCAGACAGCAGACCCUUUCUUCUUGCCAAAAAAAAAAAGUCAUACAAGGGUGGCUGGUGACGAAGACGAGGAUACAGCGGCAAGGAUCUCGCACUAAAUCCGGAAGUGGAAAUCCCUAUCUUCCAAGAAGCAACCCAGGCCUUAUUAUUGGCUAA